ACCUGUCGUAUUGGCGAGAUUCCCGGGGCGCGCGUCUCAUUUAGCCAAACGCCAAUCCAUAAAUCAAAUAAAAUAAAAAAUUCACAGUUCUCUGUGUUUGUUCGAUGUUGACCAGGUGAUGAAUACUGAUCGCAGAGAAAUUCAGUCGAACUCAUCGUUGACGAGAAAAUAAGAUCAAGUGACUGACCAAUUUUCUUUCCAUAGAUCCAAUCCUCAGCUCUCUGUAGACGCCAAUUUGGCGCCAACUCACUGGCGAGGUAACUUUUAAGCGAUUUAAUCUACUGUCGUGAAUCAUGAUGGUUAUCGUUGAAGGAAUUUAAGGAAAAUUAGAAGAAAUUUCGGAUGGAUUCAGACGUAGCUUAGAUGAUUCUAUCAGGCGAAUUCAUCACGUCACCGGUACUGUAAAGUUAGUGCUUUUUUGGUUGAAGGAGAAAGAGACUCUAUUUCUGGUACAAGGAUAUGGCAACCCCGGUUGAACCUCCAAACGGAGUUAGGUCUCAAGGAAAGCACUAUUUUUCAAUGUGGCAAACCUUGUUUGAGAUUGAUACAAAAUAUUGUCCCAUUAAACCUAUUGGUCGAGGGGCAUAUGGUAUCGUGUGCUCUGCUGCGAACACAGAAACAAAUGAGAAAGUGGCAAUUAAAAAGAUACAUAAUGCAUUUGAGAGCCAUGUUGAUGCACUGAGAACUUUGCGGGAACUGAAACUUCUUCGAAAUCUUCGACAUGAAAAUGUGAUUAUGUUAAAAGAUGUAAUGCUGCCCAGCCAUAGGAGAAGCUUCAAGGAUGUCUAUCUGGUUUAUGAGCUUAUGGAUACUGAUCUCCAUCAACUUAUUAAGUCUCAUCAGGCACUCACAAAUGAUCAUUGCCAAUAUUUCCUCUUCCAGUUGCUUAGAGGCCUGAAGUAUCUUCACUCUGCAAACAUUCUCCAUCGUGACUUGAAGCCUGGGAACCUUCUUGUCAAUGCUAACUGUGACCUAAAAAUAUGUGAUUUUGGACUAGCACGCACUAGCAAUGGCAAGAAUCAGUUCAUGACAGAGUAUGUUGUCACACGCUGGUACAGGGCCCCAGAGCUUCUCCUCAGCUGUGACAACUAUGGAACAUCUAUUGAUGUCUGGUCUGUUGGAUGCAUCUUUGCAGAACUUCUUGGCAGGAAACCUAUCUUCCCUGGUACAGAAUGUCUCGAUCAACUCAAACUUAUCAUUAAAAUUCUUGGGUGCCAGAGGGAGGAGGAUCUUGAGUUUAUUGAUAACGCAAAGGCAAGGGAGUACAUUAAAUCGCUUCCAUAUUCACCUGGGACCCCUUUUGCCAAUCUUUAUCCCAAUGCCCAUCCUUUAGCAAUUGAUCUCCUGCAAAGAAUGCUUGUUUUUGACCCCUCAAAGAGGAUUGGUGUUACUGAAGCACUCCAACACCCUUACAUGUGUGCCCUGUAUGAUUCGAGCUGCGACCCUCCAGCAGAUGUGCCUAUUGAUCUUGACUUGGAUGAGGAUUUAGAGGAAGACAUGAUAAGGGAGAUGAUGUGGAAGGAAAUGCUCCUUUACCAUCCUCAGAUUCCUGACGGCCAAUGUUGAGGCAUGGUCGAAAUAUUUUCUUUCUUCAUUCAGUAUCGAGGGAUAGGGAGGUACUUAGCUUUAAAUGAGGAAGGUUUUUGUCAUUUCACCAGUUUUAUAUCUAUGUUUUUUCUUUUAAUAAACAUGAAGAAACAUGCAUUAGUAGUGUUGUUAGUGCAUGAUAUGACUAAUUUUUAUCUCUGCAGCUUGUUUAUGAGCUUCAGUUUGAGCCUGUACUGUUGGUGGCCUUUUAAACUUGUAUAUAGGAAGGAGUGUUGUUGUUUGCUUCUUAAAACUUAUCUUUUGUAAUUAAAUGUGUAGUAGGGAAGAUAAUGAUAUCAUAUUUUGUGUAUAAAAAAUUGUCAAUCACAUUUUCAA